AUGUUUAAUAAGCCUAGAUCAAAUUAUUUAACAUUAGACUUUAAAAAAGUUAAUAUAAAGGAUGCUCAAACAUCACGGCCUUAAACUAAUAGAAUUAAUACCUCUAGAAUUUAUUUGAGAAAACUUAAAGCUGAUGAGUAUUAUUUUUAUGUAAUGGCAGAUGCUUUACAGAUAGAGAAAAAAACACCUAUUAAGAGUUAACUAAUUAUACACAUGAUAAAUAGAUUUAUAAAUAAGAGUUUGAGAAUGACAGAAAAAGAAAGCUCGAAUAAUUGAGAUCCUAAGUAGAAGAAUUAAAAUUAGAUUAUGAAUAAAAAUAAAAAGAACUUAUUUAAAGUCGUAAAUAAGUAAAUAAUGCUCUCAAAGGUUUAGUUAAUUCACAUACUAAAUACAAAGAUUAUCAAAUUGGUGAUGUUAAACUUUAUUAAUAAUAUUAUCGUUGUAAAACUGAAACUCCUUUUCAUUUAAAAAAUACUAUUUAUGAUGCUCAUAAAUAUCAAAAUUAUUAUGGUAAAUUGUAAAAAACUAAUUUAAAACUUAAUCAUCAAGUCUAAUUUGCCAUGAUAUAAUAUCGUAAAUAAUUGGAAGAAUAAUAGGAAAGAAUUCCAAAUUUUUUAAAAUCUAUUUAGUAAGUUUUGUGA